GGGAUGUCCUGAAGCACAGAAAGGUAAAAGUGUGUGCAGCUUGGCCUACCUCUGCCAUGUGUUUGCAGACUGCGUGUGCUGAGGAGUGCACGGUGCCCUGGCACAGCUCUGCUUCUGUCUCAGUGUCCCCGGCGCUGCUGGGUCGCUGCUAGGUGGCGGCCGAGGCACAGCUCUGCUCGCUUCAGCCUGAAACUGCUCCUCUAGGGGGAUCCCGGAGGGAUGGAACUGCUGGCAUGACUCUGCUGGGGGGGAAACAUCCCUGUGCCUCUCAGCAACCCCCCAAAUCGCACAGGUGCAGCUCACACGUGGGCUGACCAGGGCAGCUGCGUCUCAUAGAAUCAUAAAGGUUGGAAAUGACCUCUAAGAUGAUCAGGUCCAUCCCCACCACUGACCAUGUCCCUCGGUGCCACAUCUCCACAGUUACUGGAUGCCCCCAGGGACAGUGACCCCACUACCUCCAUUGGCAGCCUGUGCCAAUGCACCACCAAUCUUUCAGAGAAGAAAUUUUUCCAACCCGAACCCCCAGGUGCAGCUCAAGGCCAUUACCUCACCUCUCCACCAGCUCACCAAGCAGCAGGGGGGUGAAGCUGUUCCAGGGAGCUGCUGGCUGGCUCCCACCUGUUCUCAUCUCAUGGGGCUGUAACUGAGGAUAGGAGAUACAUUUGGUGUCCCAGAAAGGGAGAUGCAGAUGCUGGAGAUAGGAAUAGGCAAACCCAAGGGGGGAAGCCAGCAAGCGUUAUGCAGGAUUGAGGCUUCCCCAAGGCUUAGGAGCUCCUUCACCUGCCAGGCUCUGGAGGUGGGGAGCACGUUCUGGGCUAUCACCACUGAGUGUGGGAUCAAGUGUGACUGCUGGGUCCACAGAGGUGGUGCCUGCCCCACUGCUGCUUGCUUUGUGAGUACUGUUCCUGCUGCAAUAUCUACAGAGAUUUAAGAAACCAAACCAACGCAACUCCUGGAGCUGCUCCCCUGCUCCAGGUGGCCUGGGCUGAUCUUCCCAGAGCAGCUCAGGUCACAUUUCUUGUUCCCAGCAGGUCUCUGGUUGUACAUUUAUUGCCUAAGAAGGUGGAAAAAGAGAGAAUGUAGCUUCAGGAACCAGAGUGGGAUGCUGCACCUGCACGCCCACCUGGGCGUGGGGUGACCCUGGGCAAGCUGCAAAGCAUGGAGGGAGCUGAGCAAUUUCCCUGUAGCGGUGAUUAUUGACCGGGAGCCCCUGGGGCACAGGACCAAAGUGUUCAAAGCAAGUGAAAAAUGGGAAGGUGGUACGGUACGGCUCUGCAGCUCUCCUUGAAAGCUGGGGUUAGCAGAGUGCUGGCGAGGUGUGUGUGCCCCAGGGACGUGCUAAUGGACUUGGACAACAUGCAGGGCUACGGCGUGGGGGAGCCAGCUGGGGUGGUGGGAUGGGGGGAUGGAAACAUGGGGGCUCCUGGCUGAGACCUUGGGAGUGGGGCUGCACCCCAAACCUGGACCUGGGGGUAGUGGGGUGGCCCUGCUAUUUUGGAGGGCUGAAGUAUUCCAGCUCUGCUUCGUCUAUCUGCUUUCCUGCACACGUUUGGGUUGCCCUGUGCUUCACAAACUGGAGUUGAUCCAGCAAGUCAGUUUGGCUUUAAAAAAAAUUAAAUGCUCCUGACACCAAAACCGUUCUCUUUUUUAUUUUUAGGUUUUUUUUUUUUUUUUUUUUCCGGUGGAAAUGGAAUCGUUGCAUGAUUUAGAGAAGGUAAAGCUGCACUCAAGGCUGCAUCACAUUGCUUCACUUGACCCGUGAGUAAGUGCUUUUCUUUCCUCUGACCUGGAAGGAUUUCUUUUUCUUUCCAUUUAGCAAGAAAAAGGGAAAAAAGCACAUUCUCAGCACAGGUCACUGCAGAAUGAGGUCUUGAGCCAGAGCAGCCUUUUCAGCCCCUGCACGGUGCCAGAACCCAUCAGUGCUUCCCCUCCCCAGCACAUGUGCUGUCUGCGGGGUUCCCUGUGCUCAGGGGCAAACUGGGACUCCUUGCCCCUAUUAGCUGGUUGUGAGCAGCUGCAGGGAUGGCUUUGGGGUGAGCACGGGCUGGGGGCUGUGCUGUGAGGACCUGAUGGCUUUUGGAAAGUGACCGAGCAGAAGGAGCGAGUGAACUGCGCUGCUUCUGCUGAAGCAUUGCAAAAGCUGACUGGGGCCGUUCUUGUGCUGAGAUGUUCCUACCUGAGGGGCAUGAAAGGCUCAGAGAGCAGAGCUGCUGGGGCAUCUCUUGGGGGAAAUGUGGGUUCAGUUGGUGCAGGGAUGUGCUGUGGGGCUCAGUGCUGGUGGCAGGGCUCUGGGUGUCCUGCUGAAUGCCUGUUGGCACCCAGACGGGUCCUCCUGGCUCUGCUGAUCCAUGCCCAGCAGCCUGGGUGUUCUCUGCCAUCCCUGCUCCCAGCAGUGAGGAAGAGGAGGGUUCCUGUGGGCACUGCACAGUGCCAGAGCUGCUCCCCGGGGCAGCAGCCCGUGUGCAUGCAUGCACGCUCCCCUCCCAGCACCCCGCUGCCAGGAGCUCUCCUUUCUGGUUCAGCUCUUUAAAGGCAGAAGCUGAUUGCAGAGGGGUUGCGAUCUCACCCGUGCUUUUAAUCCCACUGCUGUCAAACUCCAUUAGGAGGUUCAACAUCAUCUUGCUACCUCUGGGGCCGGACCGCCUCUUGCCCAGCCUGAAAUGAGGCCAAGGCUGGGCUCCAUGGGGUGGGCAGGGCCUGCAGUGGAGGGGUCUGAGCUGCAGUGGAGGCUCUGAGCGCCGUGUUGGGCUCAGGGUUAGGGUUGGGGUCACAUUGGCACCUCCACAUCCCCGCUUUGUCAGCUCCCAGUUCAGCACCGCCUGUCCCCACUAAACUGCUCCAAACUCCUGCAAGGUGCAGCUGUGCCGUGUGCCUGGCUCCCCACUCACCGUGCACCCCGAUCCAUGUGCUUUGGCAGGUGGGGACGAUCGAUGGCACCAUGCAGCUGUCAGCCCCUCGGGGUAGUUACCUUGGGUGGCAGCGAGCCCAGAAUGGCUCAGCCCCAGCAGGAUCCCCUGCAUGUCCCAGUGCUUAUGGCACCGUGCUGGAACUGGGAGGGGACAGAAGGGAGAGGGCACAGAGGGUGAACCACAGCACUGUGGGAGGGGGUCACGGAGAGGGGCUCAUGGCUCUGCGCUGCUGCAUUGAGCUGCGCUUCCUUCCUGUGCUGGAAAAAAGCUGCUAGGCUUCAUCAAAUAUUGAGGCUGAGGACUCGUGGAGGCCAGGAGCAGUAGUUCUCACAGUGGGGGGGGAGUGGAAUCCUUCUUGGGCUGAAAGUGAACAUGUUUUUAUUAUUUUUUUGUUAAUUUCUUGACGUUUUUCCCAGCUAUCCCCAGGAGGAGGGGACGCACGGGGCUCCUGGGCAAGGCUCCUGCUCCUGGGCUGGGGCUGGAGGGGGCAACGGGUCAGCGCUCUGUGCUGCUGAACUGCAGCCACCACCCGGGAGGGGAGUGUGCAGCCUUGGGUUGUACAGUGCACAGGGGCUGUCUUCAACAUCAAUCCCUGUUUGGGAAGGAGAUGGCAUUUCUCUCUCCCAGCAACACAGCUCCGUGCUCCUGAGCACCUCUGGGUGUGUUGGGAUGUGUGCAGGGCAUGGAGGUGCCGGUGUGCCUAAGUGUCCCAGCAAGCACAUGGCUGAAGAGCUGAUGCUGGGAGUGGAGUCCGAGCUGUGAUUUUUGGCAGAGAGCACAGGCAGGACUGGAAGCGUUUUCUGGCUUUGGUUUGAAACUCCUCAGCAAACUCUUUUGCAGCAGCAGGCAGAGGGGAUCCUACACCACUCCUUCGAGCUAGGUCGCAAUGCCCGCAUGCUGUAAAGGUGACGGUGCCAGGGUUCUGCGGUGUCCAAGGAUGAAGACAGUGAGAUUUCCCCCAAACCCAAACUGGAAUAACUAGGAAGCAUGCUCAGCUUGCACAGCGCAUUGGGUCAGGCUGCUGUCACUGACCUCAAACCAUGCUAGUGGGGCUCCCCGACCCACAUGCUUCAUGUAAAACCCCAUGGGCUGCAAAGCACAGCGCUGUUCCCCACCUCCUUCCCUGCUCCCAGAGGAACUCUUUAACAUAUCAGUCCUUGAGAAGAAGGAGCCCUGAUCCUGCUGCCAUCUGAGCAACCGUUUCCUUCCCUGCAGCCCCAUGGCCAAGGCAGUGCUGUGGGACGGGUGACGGAGACGAGCGGCAUCACCCCUCGCUCCAGAGCUUCUCCGUGGGGGGGACACCCCGAGGUUGGGGCCGGGGGCGGUGCGGGGCCGGGGGCGGCUCCACGCACCGGGCAAACUCCUCCCCGCUGCCUCCACCCCCGGGCGGACACACGGCGCCUCCCGGGCUUCGGUGCGCGCUCCUCUGCCUCUCCUCCUCCUGCUGCUCCUGCUCCUACCCGCGCCCGGCGGCGCUGCCCCGCUCCGAUCCCGCUGUGUGCCGGCUCCCAGGUAAGGGUCAAGGAUUUGGGAUAAAGGGUCUGGGAUAAAGGGUCGGGGAAAUAGGGUUGGGAUUAAGGGCUUGGAACCCCCCUGGGGCAGGGUAUGCUCUUGGGGGGGGACUCUGGGGCCACAGCAUCCCAGUUCGUCUCUUUGGGUUUGCACUGCCCAACUUUGUGGCAUUGACUCUUCGGGGUGCACAUGGUGCCUGGCCCCUUUGUUUAUCCCCGAGGAUCUCUGGUUUGUCUCUGGCUGAGCUGUGGUAAUUGAAGGAGACCCGUGCUUGAGUUAUGGGUCUGCAUUUUGUUUUCUCUUAAGGUUAUCCUGGAGGGUUUGCUUCCCCACAAAAGGGCAUGUAGAAGCACCUAGCGUUUCCAGCCGGGUUUUGUUGUGUGCUAUUGAUUGCCUCUACGGUGGAGAGGGUUUCUGAUGGGCCGUGGAAUAUUCCACCCAACGGAGCCUUGUGUUGUGGGGGCUUCUGUUCCUCUCCCCUAUGUUGGUCCUUGUGCAUCUGAGGUGUGGAGCUGCUGUGUGAUGCUGUUUGUGGUGCCUUUGGGCUGCUCCUUCACAUUUAGCAUCGUCCCCAUGAUGUCCCAUGGGCUCAGAGCUGGGCUUGGGGGGGGGAAAUGCUCCAUCCAAGAGGGCUUCACCUGUUGAGCAGCUGUCCAAGAGGCUGUGGAAGAGCCAUAGAACCAUAGAAUCGUGGCAUCGUUGGAGUUGGACUGUGGUUUUAUGAAGCUGCUGUUCCCUGUGGGGCAAUGGGAUGGGACUGGUCCCACUCACCUGGGACAUGGGAUAUGCUCCCACACCUCUCCGAAGCACUGCGUUUCAGCCCAUUUUCCACUCUUGAUCCCAGGAGGAGCGCCCUGUGGCCAUUGCGCAUGGAGUGGUUUGGGUGGACUCGGCCAGGUUUUGGGUGUUGGGGCAGCAGAACGGUGCUGUCGGAGGGGACAUCUGAAUGCUUUGUGGCCAAAGCGCUGCUGUGGGAUUGGUUCUGGGUGUACACCUGCCCCACUUUGGCUGUGGUCAUCCCCAAACCUAGCCUGGAAGGCGGUGUUCGGAAUGGCCAAGUGCGGUAGAGGCCUUUCUGGGAAGGGAGGUGCUUCUCCAGCUUGAGCAGCACCGCUGAGCUUGGCCAUAAGCACUGCUGCUUUGUGGGUCUGCUCUGGAGCUGCACCCAAACCCAGCAGCAACAAAGCUUUAGUGAGGUCGGAGCGCUGCCUGCUCUGCUGGCUCUCUUUCUCCCCGUGGCCGAGUCGCCGCACACCGCAUCCCGGCGAGGUGAAAUAUUCAUCGGGGCUCUGUUACCCAUGUUCUCCUGAAAGCGUGUUUCACGCUUCGUUUGCUGGCGAGGCUGAGAGGCUUCGUGAUGUGAUUCCCCCGUGACGGCCCCGAAAAGCGGCUGUGGAUGGAAUUGGUGGGGUUUCCAUUAAAGAGAGCGAGGGGAGAGGACAGAGGGCCUUAAUGCUGCAGGAUGGAGGCCCCGUUGUGAUGCUGGUGCUCUGGUGUUGGGUCUCCAGCUCCCAGCUUCCCCCUGGAGCUCAGCAUCCCCCAUAAGGAAUAGAAGGAAGCGCAGACCCGUUGCUGCUCUGGGGGUUUGGGCUCCCAUUGCUCUGCGGACGGCAGCGCCGCUCUGUCUGCCCCGCGCUUUUGGGGAGGGGAUGGUGCUCGGUUGCUGGCUGUAGUACUGCUGCACGUGGGAGGCUGCUUCCCUGUAUUGCUGGGGGAAUGCAAUUAGGCCUUAAUGAGUCAUUACAACAAACCUCUGUUUAUGCUCCCAGCGAAGAUGCUGGGGGCUGCUGACAGCCGGGCAGCAGCGUUUGCAUCAUGCACAGGAAGAGGUUGUGCGCCCUUUGCAGCCCCUUCUCUGUGCAGAAGGGCCAUGGGUGUUGCAGUGGGGUUAUGGCUGCUGCCAGCCCUUGGGGUGCUUCUGGGGAGCGGCAGCAGUCGGAGGGUUACCUGCUGCCUGCUGCAGCCCUGGCCUGGGCUGCUGGUUCCUUUGAGCUGGUGGCUUAUGGAUGUGGUGCCCUCCUCUAACCCAUGCCCCAAGUGGGUGGGCAGAGGUCCCACACCUCCCUGAACCCCCUGCUCAAAGGCCAUGGCCUUGCCCCACAGCCCCCCCUUCCCUCGCUCCACUUGACUGUGUGAUGCUCCAUCUCGUUACCCCUUAACGAUCUUUGCUAAUUGAAUCCUGCUGGUUCCCUGGCACGCUCGCAGGCAGGAAGGUGCCUGGAGACGUGGGGGACGUCCCUGGUCCCCAGCCACAUCACCCCAUGGGACAUGCACCCGUUGUUCCAGCCCAGAGGGUGAGAAGUAAACCUGGGCCUGAGCUUCCUUUGGUGGAAGUGGUGACAAAGUUGGAUGGGGACUGAGUUCACAGGGGACGGAAUGCACCUGCAAACAUUGCGCACGGGUCCCCAUCCCCCGACCCCUAUGCUCUGGGGCUGGAGGCCAUUCUGGGUUUGCUUUGUUGGAGCCUUCUUGGCUUUUCCUGGUCAACGCUUUUCUAUUUUGCUCAUUUCUCCUGGUAUUCGCAAUUGAUCCAUGCACCCUUCUGCUGCUUGAGCUCAGGAAUUGUUCCCUUACCACCAAAUCUCCGGGACACUUGGGAACUGCCCAGCCCCAGCAGACACUGCUGGGUUCCCACAGCUGCUUCCCAUCCCUGUGCCCAUUGCGUCCCUCCCACAAGGACACAUAGGGCGGCCCCAGUUGGAUGGAGUGAGGCGCUGGGGUCUCUUCUAUCAGGGUUAUCUUUGGGCUCCCACCCACUGCCAGGGCCCUGCAGGGUGCUGGGCCCACCCCAGCACUGUUCUGUUCCAAUUAGGCCCUGCAAGAGGAUGGAUUCUGGUGAGGCCACGGCUGCUAAUUCACCAGGCAGACAGCUCAUUGAAUUAGCCCCGGCUGCAGAGCAGGGCUGAGCCACCCGCACACAGCCCCAAGUCUGUCCGUCCACCCCACAUAAGACUGAUCCACGGCUGCUGCCAUGCGGGUGCAGGGACGAUGGGUGGGCAACAAAACAGGCUGGAGCUGUCUGGACAGGAAAAAGCACCGGCACGCAUUGACCCAGACCAGCGAAGCCUCGUGCUGCCCUGCAAGCUACGCCUGUCCAACACGGACGUCAUUGAAGGGAAAUAAAUAUAGCAGCCACUCGCUCCAGAGCCGCUGCUCAGGCCGUAACUUUGUGCUGCUGCACGGCAUCAAUUAAAGAAAAUGGAUCUCUGCGCCAAGCGGCCCCACGCCUGCCUGCAGGGUCGGCCCCUCCGCCUGCUCCAUCCCCGCUGGGGACAGUGGGAUGGCACCGAGCAGGGAGGGCCCUAGGAAUGCCUGCAGACGUGUCCCCCUCCCUCUCCGUGAAGCACUUUGCAAUGUGGUGGCUCCGCACGGUGUCCCCGAGCUGUCCGCUGCUCCCCAGGGUGCAGUGUGACUGUCACAGAGCGUGCUGUCCCUGUUGUUAGCUCCGUGCCGGGUGUGCUGAUGGAUGGCCCUAUCAGCUGGCUGGUGGGCAUAUCGAUUUCUUGAGGUUUUUCUUUUUUUUUUUUCCCCACGUUUUGUGUGUGAGAGUGACUUGAGAAGGGAACUAAAUCCAAACCGUCCUUCUGGCUUUGCACAGUGCCUUUGUGAGUGCUGGAAAUCAAUGUGCGGCUGCUGGCAAACCGCACCGGGAUGAGUUUUUGGGGUUUUUCCUGUGGCUUGGGCAGAGGAGCAGGUUGCCAGCUCUGGUCUGGAAGCUGCCACCUCUCCGCAUCAAUUAGGGUCGUGUGGCUGAAGGGUAAUUAGAUCUGCUCAGCUGCGAGCUGCCAGCACUUGGGCCCUAUCAAUUAGCGGCGCACAGAGGGCUGCAGGGCCGCUGAUGGGACACGAUGGCAUCGGGGACGGCAGGCACAGGGCUGAGCUGAUGGCUUCUUCUCCUUGUCCCCACUCCCAGGGCCGCAGGUGUCUCCCCAGGGCCAUGUGGAACUGCCAGCCCCCCCCAACCGCCCCGGGGCCGGCGUGAUCAUUAGCGGCCACCGCAUCCCUGGAGUUUGAUGGAGAAUCGGUCGGAUGACAGCGGGAACUGUUGUCAUCACCGGGGGAAUCCUAGCGACGGUGAUCCUACUGUGCAUCAUUGCCGUGCUCUGCUACUGUAGGCUACAGUACUACUGCUGCAAGAAAGAUGACCCCAAUGAGGAAGAGGAGGAGGAGGAGGAGGAAGAGGAAGAGUCCGACCUUCCCACGCACUCUCACCCCGGCACGUGCAACGCCUGUAGCUCCCGCAUGGCGGAUGGGCAGGGCAGUCCCACGCCCGUCCCUGAGCUCAACCAGCACGGGGCCCACCCUCGCUGCCCCACCUGCUCCCCAUACGGCUCCCCCUUCUACAUACGGACCCCUGACAUGGUGCGCAAUGGGGGUGAGCGCGUGGCCUACGCGCCUGCCUGCUACCCCGAGAUGGGGCCUCCCGUUGGCCUGCAGGGCUUCCCGCUGAGCCGGCACGGCUUCCGCGAGGGCUUCCCCCCACCCAGAGCCAUCAGCACAGAGGUGUGACCCCCGCCAUGCACCCUGCUCAAGGGAUGGGGCUGUUGGCUUGCAGACAGCGGGGGUCGUGCAGGGAGAGCCCGAGAGCAGCGUGGCCCUCCUGAUGGAGGGUGAUUGUGGAGCCUCACGGGUCACCGUGGAGGAGGCCAUCCAGGUGGCGACCUCUGCACCUACAAGUGUAAUUAUUACUCUAUCUCCUGAAGGAACUUGUCUAACGAGGGCUAUGUACAGUACAAACUAACUUCGUUGCUCCCCGGAGCGACGCCUUUGGUGUCUCCCAUCGCCAGCUGAGGCCAUGCCCACGUCCCCUGCACAUGGGAUGGGGAUGGGAGGCCACAGCGCAGUGAGAAUGGGGGUCUGGGGCCGUCCCACUCCCCCUGGCUGCAGCACCACUGUCAGCAGCUCACUUUGUGCUGGGGACUGAUGGAGGGCUCGGCUCGGACUGCUUCGCCCACUGCGGCCUGCGUUGGAAUUGUAGGAGAGGAUCUGGAUCACUGUGAGGGGACGUGAAGAUCAUUUACCCGUGGCAGUGGGCACAGGCAGAUCCCUCUGUGGCCAAAGCCCCCACUUCAACUGCUCGUGAGCUUUCUUAGGAGCAAUUUUAACUUGGGCCCAUAAGUGACCGAGGUUUUACUUACAAGGAGAAUUGUACCACCAGAUGACUGCAGCGUGAUCACCUCAAAGCCCUGCCCAGACCCCAUCCAGAAGGAUGCUGGUUUAGGAUCACUGUGGCUUGCAGCAGCAGAGCGCACCAGGUUGCGUCCACUCCUUCGUGAGGUGCUCUGAUGGAGCAUGAUUCCCCCCUUCACUUUGAGAAGAAGACCCAAGCCAGACCCGGUGGUUAUGCAGCUCUGACGACAGCUCAGCCAACGGCUCCAUCUGCGGAAUGAAGAUGGGAAAGUUCCUUCCUCCUCCACAAAUCCAAUUAGGUGAAAAAUGACCAAAAGGACAUCUCCAUCAUCCAUGGGCACUUCCAUAGCAACAGCGCAGCACUGCUCCUCACUCCCAGCAGGGAGGAGGGAUGCAGCCAACCCGCAGGUGCUGCUAGGAGCAAUAGCAGGAGCUGCUUGCCUCACCCUCGCAAUACUGGGUAGAACUGCUUGGAAGUACAAGCGGGGUAUUCUUUCACCACCACCAUUUGGAGAUUGGCCAUCUGAAGGAUUUGGACCAACAAGACUUGAUCUCCCCACGCAAGCACAAGUGAAGGAGUUCUUGGUGUGGAGGCAAACACUGUUAGCCUCGGAUGUCUUUGUUAUCAGGCAGAAGGCUAAUUGACACUCUGGACCUGCUGGUGGUUUGGCACUUCUGCUCAAACGACCCAAAGAAGAGGAGCCAGAUGAAUGCCAAAAAUGAUGAUGGUCCUUGCAAUCCAGACACCGCACCGCAGCAUGCAUCUUAGACAGCGUGUGAGCAAACAUUAUUCACCGUCCCCCCAUCUAUGGGCCAGAAAGACCUUGUGUUUCCUUUAUGCUGAGACUCAGUCUAGCUGCACCUCUUUUACAGUCUCCUUCCAUUCUCCAGACAGCGACAGCAGGUUUUUUCAUGUCCUUUCACAAUAAGGGCAGGCAGGACGGAAGAGGAAAGUUAGCAACAGCAAUGCUCCUUGGAUCCCACUGGCUGAUAGCACCUGGCUCCCAUCCAAUUCUCUUCCCUGAUAAUAUCAUCUCUCUGUUUUUCUUGGCUAACUCAGCAAAUGCUGUCCUUUCCCACUAGAGCAGCUGCUCAGCUAGGUCUCCAUCCUGCUUGGAGCCACACAAACUUAACGUCACCCAACUCUACCUCUUGGCACGAAGCAAGGCUUCCCACCGCGAUGGCAGUACCUGCCCAGGUGGGGAGAGCACACGGGGUUCUGCUUCGGCAGGUCACUCCUCUGCUGAGAGGAAGGCAACCCUAUCAACAUCACGUGCAAAUGAAGCAUGACCUGUCACCAGUUAACGAGGUGAGGCAGCUCCAAGGUAGAUGGAUGGCCAAAGGCGAGCAUCAUCCUCGCAGCCAACACAAAACCCUGGGCCUGGUGCAGCUGCAGAGGGAUGGGUGAGUCCGAAAGGGCAGGGAAUGGAGAUACAGCUGUGGGCUGUAAGGUGUGGGCAUGGUGGAGGAACGGGACAGGGUAGGGGCAGGCAUCUCAGAUUUUUUCCACUUCAGAUUUCCUCUGUUGUUAUUCUCUGUCUUUGUUGCUCAGCUAUGGGUCCAAAUUCCAUGUCAGAAAUAAAUGAGGACU